AAAAAUAUAAUAAUUGCAACAAAUAUUCUCUCAAACCCUUAGAUGUUAUUUAACCUCAAGGUAAAAUUGGCAUUUUCUUCCAAAAUGGAUGAUGAAUAAAUUAAAAAUUCAAGUUUAUUGUUUUGUUUCUUGUUAUUUUUCCAGAGAAAUUUUUUUUUCAAUGAAUUUUAUCUUUGAUAUAAAAAUGAUCUUAUCUUACAGAUUUUAUAGGUGGUGAAUUUUUAACUGGCUGUAGACCUGUGUUCUGUAUUAAGUCGAAAAUAAUUUAUCUUUGGAAUAUUUGUUCAUAACAUGAUCUUGCAACGUUUGUGAGAAACCCAUGUUUUCACAUUAAUGCAGACGAAAGUUCUCACAAGAAGUUUAAUGGUACUAAUUUUGAGAAAUUUAAAGUCAAACAAAAAAGGUUUGGAAAAAGGGCUAAGGAAAGUUGAAUUUUUGUUUGGCAUGUACCACCUAAAAUUAAACAAGUAUACAUUUUAUUGCUGAAAAAGAUCUAGACUGACUUUGUUAGGAUAAAGUUAUUGUUAAUUUUAAUUUUCUAUAAGCUAACUUCAACUCACCAUUUUGUCAAAAAAAUUACAUUGUUAAGGUAAAUAAUCUUAUUAAAUUUGAUGCAGGGAAUACCUGCACUUCGGAAUGCAAUAUUGUUCGAGACAAACGUAACAGAAAGUGAACUUUUAAAAGAUGAAUGUAACAUGAAGCGAAAUUUUAAGAAAAAGGAAAAGCUUUAAUCGAUCUUUUGUUUCCAUCCAGGUUCGUAAAAGAGUUAAUUACUUUAAUUGCUGUGAUCAGAUUGGUUGAUUUCGAUCCUUUAAUUAUUAUCGCCUCAACUAAUAAAUAACCAAUAAUGAUUUUGGUCAUUGCCAGUCAUUGACAGCUGUAGCUGUCGAAACAUAGCCUAGAAUAAACUCACUUGAUUAUGACAUUAUUAAAAUUAUUCAAACUUGUUAUUGAUAAAAAUGUUAGGUUUGAUUGUACAAUGAAAAGUGUUUUUGUGUGUAGUAUGUGCUUGAAAACCUCAUGGAAAAUCUCCAGCAUCAGUGUCUUAAAGAUAACCCAAGGUAUAAAAUAAUGUAGAGUUUUUAAAAUUUAAGAAAAUUCCCACCCAUAUUCAGUCAUUUUGCUAAGAAAAUUGAAGCUCGGGUCAAAAAUGUUGUUUUUAUAUAAAAGACGUAAUAUUGAAAUAACUUAUAAUCUCAUAAAAACAGAUAAGGUUUUGAAUUUAAAAUAAACAAUGUAUACCUUUUUUGUUAUAAAUAGAAUUUUAUAAAUACCCUCUGCCUAAUUAGCCUCCGUUGUUAAUUAAGCACCAUGGGGUAAGCAAUGAGGUUUUAAAUAAGUAUUUGGGUUAUUUACUACUUUAUUAAACAGUGUUUAGGUCUUUAAAGAUUUCAAAAAUCUAAACUUGGUAAAUAACCAAAGUCUUCGGUUUACUAAAGCAACAUACCUAAAAAUUACCUGUAUUUUUCCACAACAUUUUCAUUUUUAUAGUAUGGAAAGUAGUAUAUUAGCAUGUUCUCAUUUUCUGAAGUCAAAAUCAAUCAAAGCUCAAAAGGAUUGGCUGGAAGCUUGUAUUGAAUGGUUAACAGAAGAAAAUAAUGGUGUACUAAGCAUAAAAGACUUAAAAGAACAAGUUUAUGAACAAUGGCUGCUCUCGGAUUUGAGAGAAAUUGCAGAAGUAUCAUUUCCACCAUCAUUAUCUAGUAUAAAAGGAACAAAAACAAUAGGGGGAAUAUUUGCAGUUCAGGUAAACAGUAUUAUCGACAUAGGACAUUCUGCAUACUCUCAACUUCAAAAAAUUAAAGGACAAGAAUUAGAUUAUAAUGAAGAAGGAGAAGAGGAAGACAAUACAAAAGAAUUUUUUAAAAGAGGAACCAAGACAGCCAACACUAGGGAUACCACCAAGUGGAAAGAAGUCUCAUCAAGAAUGUUGUUUAUGGAGCUGCAUGAUGGUUGUCAAAGUGUGAAAGGUCUGGAAUACCAACCAAUCAAACAUCUUAAUAUAGAAAAUAUCAUGCCUGGUGCAAAGGUUCUGUUAACUGGCCUUUUAACAAUUAGAGAUGGCAUGUUUUUACUAAAAGCUGAAAAUAUAAAGUUAUUAGGUGGAAACAGCGAGCAGUUAUUGACAAGUCAUAGCCAGUCAAAGAUUUUAAAAGAUAUUUUGCACAUUGAAGAUAAUGUUGAAGAAGAAAAUGUAACACAAGCUCCUGUUCAAAAUAAUCUACAACAGCAGCAACCAAGUGCAAUGUCCGAUAGUUCAAAUAGAAAUCAACAAUAUCAAAUUCAAACACAAAUAAGCACCAAUCAAAAUCAAAUAAACAAAUCAAUGCAACGACAACAACAUUCAACUUCCUAUGCAACAAGCAAGCAAGCAUCUACUUCACAUAAAAAGUCAAAUACAAAUACAACAGCUUCUUUCACCUCAACGGCUUCUUGCACUCUUACUAAACCUAAAAAUGUCUUGAAUCUUUCUGAAAAUUUUUUUGAUGACAGUUUUGGUCACAUGGAAAUGGAUGAUUGGGAUUUCAGUCCUGGUUUAAAAGGAAAAACCAAAAAUUCUCAGCGAAAAGACUCUGAAUCAAUCUAUGUAAGUCACGACGAUAUCCCGGUUUCUAAUUUACUCAAAAGAUCAAAAAAAUUAUCAAAAAAGCAAACAAAGUUUAUUCCUCCAUUAAAAAACGAGGCAUCUGAUCAGAACAAACAAAAUGAGUGUAUAUUUGGCAGUUUGAAAGAGAAGAAUAAUAUGCUGGAUUUAGAAAUUGAUGACGACUUGUUUGCAGAUGAUAUUGAAUUACUUGAUAAUGUUGAUAAAGGUUUUAACCAAAAAAGAACAAGUUUAAUUGCCCAACAAACUAGUAGAGAUUUUAGCAAACAAAAUAAAAGACUUUGCAAAGAAAACACUAACAACAACAGAAAUAGCAGUAGUAAACUUAAGAAUAAUAACCCUGCAGUUCUGUGUACUGAAAAAAACUCCAUAAAUAAUAAACUUUCUUCGCUUGAUGAUGGAUGUUUAAUUCCAGAACCAAAUCUUGAUGAUUUUUUUACCGACGAUGAUGAAAAUAUGCAUUUUUUUGAAAAUGUUCCAAAUGUAGCACCUCAAGUUGUUCCAGCUGUUUCCUUAGACUAUAAUGCAUGUGUAAAAGGGAUAAAAAUGUCAGAAAUGGUUGGAACAACGGAACCCAUAAGAGAAUUGUUUUCUGUUAAAGGAUGGUUUAAAACGCUCUCGUCAGAAUUGAAGUUUGACGGUAUGUUUAAACUACUAGCAAUUAUGACAAAUGGAACUUGUUAUGCGGAAGUUCUUCUUGGAGAUGAGGCAUUGUCAAAUUUAAUUGGGUAUUCUGCAAAGCAAGUUCAGCAAGCAGCAUCCAAUCAAAUAUCCAAACGAGAAAAAGUUUUAAUAAAACAGGCCUUAAAAAAUGCUGAGCAUGCAUUGGAAGUGAAUAAAUGGCUUAUGCAUUUCUUGUACGAUGAACAGGAAAAUAUAUAUAAAGUCGUCAAAAUGCAAUCUCUUGAAUCUUGACAUAAACAAUGAAAGACAUUAACUGAUAUAGAUGAUAACUUACUAUUUUUAACAAGGUGUAUUUUUGCAUUGUAUAUAUUAUAUAUUGUAAAUUAUUAUGUUAAGUUUUAUGUUAUAUUUCUUUUAGUUUUUAUAGAUGUAUAGAAAAACUGUAGACCAUGA